GGGCCCGUAUCUUUCCACCAGCUCGUGGCCGCGCUUUCCUCCCUCUGUCACCUGACAGGUCACUGCCGCCACUUCCGGCAGCUCGCUGGACAGCACGUAAUUCGGUUCGGGUGCCGGGUUGUUGGCCUCGUUCUCCGCCGGGAGACAUGGCAGACACUGUAGUUGAUACUCGCCGCCUGCAUAGCAAGCCUCAGAAUCUGAACGACGCCUACGGACCGCCGAGCAAUUUCCUGGAGAUCGAUGUGUCCAACCCGCAGACAGUCGGAGUGGGCCGGAACCGGUUCACAACCUAUGAGAUCCGACUGAAGACAAACCUCCCAAUUUUUAAGUUGAAAGAGUCUAGUGUCCGCAGAAGAUACAGUGACUUUGAAUGGCUAAGGAGUGAGCUUGAACGUGAAAGCAAGGUUGUGGUGCCCCCCUUACCUGGAAAGGCUCUUUUUAGACAGCUUCCAUUCAGAGGAGAUGAAGGCAUCUUUGAUGACUCUUUCAUAGAGGAAAGAAAGCAAGGGCUUGAACAAUUUAUAAACAAAGUUGCAGGACACCCCUUGGCACAGAAUGAACGAUGCCUCCACAUCUUUCUGCAAGAUGAAAUUAUAGAUAAGAACUACACACCGUCUAAAAUAAGAAACGCUUAGCCAAUGGAUCAAAAUUCCGAUUCUUGUGACUGUCCAACAUGGGUUUUAUUCAUUAUAUCCUCUGCAUGUUACAAUCUGCUAUUCUACAUGUAACAAACUAACAUUUCUUCUUUUUUAAUUUGUUGCUUCUUAUUUGAGAAUGUAAUUUUUGUUUUUAUUAAAGCACAUGAAAUCCGUUCAGUCAAACUCAAGAUGCUUUAUGACCGCAAGGGCAGACUGGACCCUGCUUUAAUCUGCCCUUGAUUUGUGUUUUCUGUGCUGUG